CAAUUACAAUAAUGUGGCUUCAAAUGUAACUGAAUAUUUAUCGGCUGUCCUGUCUUUUUCAGUGUUCAUACCUGGACAUGCAUUAUUUAACAGCACCUCAGUUCAGACGGUUCAUCGAGGAACGUCAGUCAAUAUCAGCUGUAACUACAAACCAUCGACUGACAUUAAUGGUCUCACAGUGGAACUGCAAACUGAUAAUAAACUGUGCUCAGUAACAAAAUUGAACAAUUCAUGGAUAAAUCAGCCAUGUAGAAAUCACUGUAGAUUCAUUUGGAUUCCAGAAACUGUGCAAAUGUCUUUUGAGAUAUCAAAUCUGCAGAUAAAUGAUACUGGCAUGUACAAAUGUGUUGUGACAAGAACUAUACCACCUCCUUCUGUGCUUUUGAGAGAAGAAAGAACAUUUGUUCAAGUGUUUGCUCCCCCCGUUGUGUCUGUGUCACAUGUAAGAGCACUGGGUGGAUUUCACACGAUCCUGUGCAGCUCUGAGGGGUUUUACCCUUCUGCUCUAGAGCAGCUGUGGAUGAGAAAUGGAGAAUUUCAGAACGCCUCUCUCACAUACAGCAUUGACAAAACCAACCCAGAUGGAUCAUUCACCCUCCAUUCAUACCUGAAAAUAUCUGACUGUGUAAACUACUCAUGCUGGGUAAACCACUCAUCCCUGAGCCAACCAACAAUACUCCACAUGUCUCCUGAUUGUUACGGGAACAGAGAUAAAAAUGUAUGGAUAGCUCUGGCGACCUCUUUGCUGCUGAUUCUCACCAUACUGAUUAUCACGGCUUUGUGUGUGCAUUCCAGAAGAGCACAUCACAGGUCUCCUGUAAGAGUGAAUGUCACACCUGAGCCUGAUCUCCAGUCUCACCUGCAGUAUGACAUAUAUUCAUUGUUGGGUGACCAUCAUCCAGUUCAUUGCAUCCCUGUCGGAGUUCACUCAUCUCCACAGCGAACACCAAAUGUUUUACACUGAUAGAUUUUACAUUGAUAGAUAUCUAGAUCCAUUUCUAUCUUGAAUGUCAUAUAUAAUUUCUAUAUGAUUAUUCAACCUUCAAUUAACAUCUUGUUGACUGUAUAUAUGUUGACAGAGUAUACGACACAUACAAAAUAUAAGACCUGUGUUCUUUGCCAGCUUCAGCAUGUAAAAAACAAUAAAAAUGGCUUGCAGAUUGUA